GGCAACUGCAGUCAACACAGCAAGUAGUAGAUGUAACGGACCCCAAAAUCUCCCAUGCACCGGAUCUGCAGAGUUUUAUCAUGAUGUAUCAUUUGAUUCGGACUGAUGAACGUAACAGUGCUUUGGCAUAAUAUAUGCUAUUUAAUACCGUGCUUUUGUGUGAUGGGUCAAAACUACCAAUGCAUUAGGCUUAAGCAACACAUACUCUUCUGUCAAAAGAUCGGGCUAAGUGAUCUAUAUUCCCCACUGUGCAGUUUAACAUGAUGGUUCAGUUAGACUGCGGCAUUAAAGUUUUGGGACCAGCACCUUUCUCUCUCUGCUUUAUGAUUACAGCUGGACUUUUAUGUACAACAACGAACGGAUAUAAGCAAGAAACAGAUGGUUCUCUUGACGGGCUUCCCAACUACCAAGUUGUUCAUCCUGUCAGAGUGGAUUCAACUGGACAUUUCUUGUCAAAUCACGUAUCCCACCGUGUGAGUCGAAUUCAGAGGAGGGAGACAGGAAAAAACGCAAAGAACCUUGCCCAAGUUUUCUACCAUCUGCAGUAUGGUGGGCAUGACCUGCACUUUAACCUUACCCUAAACUCUCAUCUUCUGGCACCUGGCUUCAUUACAGAGCGGAGAUUUGGUGGCCUGCAAGGGUCUACGUUACACGGCCAUGGCCAUUCUCUCUGCUACUUCCUGGGAGAUGUGUGGAGUAGUACACUGAAGACGGGUCAAGCAGCUGUGAGCACUUGCAAUGGCUUGACAGGGCUGUUCAAGCUGUCAGAAGAGGAAUUCUUCAUUAGUCCGCUGAAGCCGCCACAAGAAGAGUCAGCACCACAGGCUCAUGCCAUCUACAAGCGACAUGCUGUUCAAUCAGAACAGCAGCUGCUGCAGCCUUUGUUAGGGAAGCGCACAGCUAAUGCGACCUGUGGGGUCAAAGAUCAUUGGGGAGGUGUAGAUCAAGUGGAAAGGCAUAGAGAGCGCUGGGAGAGACGGCAACAUCGCAGACGGAUCAGACAGCGCUCUAUAAGCACUGAGAAGUGGGUUGAGACUUUGGUCGUUGCUGAUCCUAAAAUGGUGGAGUACCAUGGUAGCAAAGGAGUCGUGAGCUAUGUGCUGUCUGUCAUGAAUAUUGUGGCAGGCUUGUUUCAUGAUGCCAGUAUUGGAAAUGCUAUCAACAUUGUUGUUGUGCGUCUCAUUCUGCUGGAAAAGGACGAGGAGGAUCUGAAAAUCACCCAUCACGCAGACAACAGCCUGAAUAGCUUCUGUAAGUGGCAGAAGGGCAUUAACUUGAAGGGUGAUGAACAUCCUGUUCAUCAUGAUGUGGCUGUCCUGCUCACUAGGAAAGACAUUUGUGCAGCUAUUAAUAAGCCAUGUGAGACAUUAGGGCUGUCUCAUGUGGCUGGAAUGUGCCAACCGCAUCGCAGCUGCAGCAUCAAUGAAGAUACAGGUCUCCCUGUGGCAUUUACAGUAGCGCAUGAGCUUGGCCACAACUUUGGGAUUCAGCAUGAUGGGAAUGGGAAUGACUGUGAGCCCAUUGGGAAAAGACCCUUCGUGAUGUCACCGCAGCUCCUGUAUGGCACCUCUCCACCCAACUGGUCUCGCUGCAGCCGCGAGUACAUCACACGUUUCCUCGAUCGAGGUUGGGGCUGGUGUCUGGAUGACCCUCCAGUCAGGAACGAGCUGGAGAUGCAGUCUGCUCCCCCCGGUGUGUUGUACAGUGCUGCUCAUCAAUGCAAACUCCAGUAUGGAUCCAGUUCACUGCUCUGUGACGAUGUGGACAAUGUCUGUAGCACCCUGUGGUGCACAGUGGAUUCAACCUGCCACUCGAGGCUGGAUGGCGCUGUGGAUGGGACCAAGUGUGGUGAGGGCAAGUGGUGUUUUGAUGGGGAGUGUGUGGCAGUGGACUCCCAGCCUAAGAGUGUGAAUGGAGGCUGGGCUUCAUGGAGCGAGUGGUCUGACUGCACUAGGACUUGCGGUGUAGGAGUUCAGAAUGCCCAGAGGGACUGUAUCAACCCUGUACCUAAAUAUGGAGGUAAAUACUGUCUUGGGGAUCGGCGUAGAUAUCGAACCUGUAACCGUGACCCCUGCCCUCUGGACCAGCCCAGCUUCAGAUUCAUCCAGUGCAGCCGCUUCAACACGGUCCCUUAUAAAAACAAGUUUUACAAAUGGAUACAUGUGAAUAACAGAGUUAAUCCGUGUGAACUGCACUGUAGACCUGUGAAUGAGCACUUCUCAGAGAGGAUGCUGGACACUGUCAUUGAUGGAACACCUUGUUACGAAGGUCACAGCCGUGACAUUUGCAUUAAUGGCAUCUGCAAGAACCUUGGCUGUGAUUAUGAGGUUGACUCAAAUGCUGUUGAGGAUCAAUGUGGUGUAUGCCAUGGAAAUGGUUCCACGUGCAAGACAGUGAGGAAGACCUUUGAGGACAGUGAAGGGCUUGGCUAUGUAGACAUAGGCUUAAUUCCAGAAGGAGCACGGGACAUCCGUAUUGAGGAAGUUGCAGAGGCUGGGAACUUCUUGGCAUUACGCAGUAAUGACCCUGAAAAAUAUUUCCUGAAUGGUGGCUGGACGAUCCAGUGGAAUGGGGAAUACAAGGCAGGAGGAACAAUAUUCACUUACGAGAGGAAUGGCCAGCUGGAAAACCUGUCUUCCCCUGGACCAACCAUGGAACCAGUGUGGAUUCAGCUGCUCUUUCAGGAGACGAAUCCAGGGGUACGAUAUGAGUACACAAUAAGCAGAGACACUCUUUUCGAAUCCAACAACGGUACCCCUGCCUCUUAUUUCCAGUGGAUUUUUGGGGCCUGGACAGAGUGCAGUGCUACAUGCGGAACUGGUGUACAAAGACAAGCUGUGCAUUGUGUCGAGAGAACAUCUGGAAUUGUUGAGGAGCAUUACUGUAAUUCAUCAACCAGACCAGAUGACAAGCAAACUAGCUGCAACAAGGAGUCAUGUCCAGCCAUAUGGUGGGUUGGAGAGUGGCAGAAGUGCUCAUCAUCUUGUGGAGACAUAGGGCUGAGUAAGAGGACUGUACUCUGUAUUCAGAGUGUGACACUGGAUGAGCAGCGAGCGCUGCAGCCUACUGAAUGUCAACACAUGCCUAAGCCGCAAUCAAUUGCUCCCUGCAACUCACACGUGCCUUGUCCUGCAGAUUGGAUGACUGGAGUUUGGUCAGAGUGCUCCGUGAGCUGUGCAGCUGGUCUCCAGAGUCGUGACGUGACCUGCAGCUGGAAUACUGGCGUGGACUGUGACCCGAAAGCCAAGCCUACUUCAACCAUGCCAUGCUAUGCUCAGGACUGCCCCACAAAUUCAGACACCUUUGGCAACGACUGGUCUGGAAGUGGAGAAUCUAGCAAAGAAGUUGUCAAUGAGAUUCAAGCAAUACUUUAUGAUGCACCCAAAUUUGGCGGUGGUUCAACUAGAACUCAGCCCAGGGGCAAUGUUGACCUCAAUAAUAUUGUAGAAGAUGAUUUCUCACAUUUUAGUCAUGUAGACAAGCCUUCUGAAAAUUACAUUGGGAACAAUCUUCAAGUUGAUGAUUUUUACUACGACUACAAUUUCAUAAAAUUUCAUGAGGAUCUGUCAGAUGACCUUGACAAAGAUGGAAAUGAUGUGUUUGAUAACUCAGGAAUAAAUCAAAGGAAAGAUGUCCCCAUAACUACCUCAUCACCAUCCACCACUGUGGACCAACUUAAUUCCACCACCAUGCACUCUAACAGCAUCACCAACAAGGGUACUGAAAGUCAUGGACCUCAAAAUUCAGAUGAAACUAGCGAUGAAGUAUUUGAUGAUGACUAUUUCCUACCUUUCAUUACAACAACAGAACAAUCCUCUCCAGUAACAAGGUUCUUUAAAAAAUGGAAAGACUUAAACGUUGAUCUUGGCAUAACUCAGGACUUCAGUACUACAAGAAACCCUACACCAGCUGCGGAGCACACUGUGCCAGACAUCUUUUGGACACCUAAACCACUUGAAACUCCUUACGAAAAUUCAUAUAACUUUUACGAUUACAAAGAAAUAGAUAACACCAAAACACCUGUAACUAAAGAUAAGGCUGUGAAGGAUGGAGAAGAUAAAGAGAAGUUUGGCGAUAAUGUUCCUGGAGGUGAGAGCGACUGGGAAAACUUUCAACCACAACCAAGCACUCAAACAUUUAAACCUUUUUCAGAUGAUAUAUUUCAGUUUGAAACCAGUGAGAACAGUCAAGCUAAUAAUCCCACAACUCUAUUACAAUUGAAUAUGGACUCAACAACAGUCUCAUUAAGUACAAUUUCACACCCAUUUGAGCUACUCAGCAGUACUUCCAAUGUUGUCACUGAAUCAACAACUAACACCGAGUCUAUUGAACCAUUGCUCGCUGUAAGUGAGACUAUUACAACCUCGGAUAGCCUUUCUCCAGAGUCCAUUCCUUCUCCGACUUCCUCUAACGCUGCCAAACAUUACAGUAGCAUGACCUCAGCAGCUGGAACAACAGCUCUACCUCUUACAGAUAUGGAAAGGGAUUUGGCACCCCCAUUCUUGAUUCCAACUGAGAUUCCAGGCACUACAUUUGGAACGGAGACUCACAGUUUGUAUUCAAGAGCACCAACCAAGACCAAUAAGCCUGGAGCUUCAUAUCCUAGCAUAGGGCCUUGGGGAACUUUGGACCCCUUACCUCGCUGGACAGAGAUUGAAAUAAUUGCCAAAAUUCAAAGACCUAGUCUCUCUACUCCAACUGUGCAGCCAUCUCAGGCUACUUCCAAUGAGCCUUCAGUGCUUUCUUCCAGCCCUACGAUGCCUACUGGGUUGAUGCUGUCCUCCUUUUCCCCAUUAGCCUCCCCUGCACAAUGGAGAAAGGGCAACUGGAGCGCUUGCUCCACAAGUUGUGGGCUUGGUGCCAUCUGGAGGUCAGUGUCCUGCAGCACUGGCAAUGAAUCAGACUGUGAUUUAGCUACCAGACCCGUGCCAGCGCGCCGCUGCUACCUACGACCCUGCUCCGCAUGGAAAAUUGGAGAGUGGAGUAAAUGCUCGAAGAAUUGUGGUGGCGGCGUGAAACUGCGAGAGAUUCAGUGUUAUGACACACGAGAUCAGAGGCCACUGCGGCCCUUCCACUGCCAGGCCACUUCUCUGAGACCACCUGCCCAAAUGCCCUGUAACAUCCACAGCUGUCUGGACUGGUACACUUCCUCUUGGGGACAGUGUUCUGAGCUGUGUGGAGGUGGGGAGCAGCAGAGGCUGGUCACCUGCCCUGAAACUGGGAAAUGUGAUGGGGAGCUGCAGCCCAGCCACAUUCAGACUUGCAACAUCUAUCCAUGCAGCCAGUGGGUUACUGGAUCCUGGGGUCAGUGCUCAGUAUCCUGUGGAGGAGGCGUUCAGCGCCGACUAGUCAAAUGUGUCAACACUAAGGCUGAGCUGGAGGAAGAAAAUGAGCAUACAGAUUGUGACCACGAACCCCGGCCAAAGAACACGCUCGAGUGUAACAUUCAUGAGUGUGACAGUGCCCCCUCUGGUCAGUUGUGUUUACGUGACCAUUUGACAUUUCGCUUCUGUCAGACCCUCCAGUGGCUCGGCCGAUGCCAUCUGCCUUCGGUCCGUUCACAGUGCUGUAAGACCUGUGGGCUGCACUCACGGGGCAGUGAUCGCAUUGCACGCCGCUGAGAUACAGGGGGAUCGAAGGACGACUGCUCUCAGCCAGGAAACACAUUUCAAGCACAGAUUGUGACACACUAAUACUCAAAGUAGCUAUGGACCAAUCCAUAACCAUCUGGUCUGGCCUAUAAUAGCCGCUUCCACUGAUUAUGUAGCAGUUCACCAGGAAGCUACUUGUCCUUACAUAAUUAAUGAAUGUUCUGAGUUCGAGUUUAGCUCUAUCGACAGCAUCUGUGGCAUGCAAUCAAUUGUCGCAGAGAAUCAUUUCGACUUGCCCCUCAGUUUGUAAACAACAAAAAUUGUGUUUCGAUUAAAGGCACUUGCAGUAGAAGCAGGGCCGCAGAAAAGGGGGGACAACUGGACCUAUUGUCUUGGGCCCAGAGGGGUGGGGACAAAAAAGCUGUCCCAUAUUUCAGUUCAGCGGGAGACACAUAAAUAAACACAGAGACAGUGCACAAUAACAGAAGCUGUCUGGGUAGCGCACGUUGAUUGAAUAUUGGAAUAACUGUCUGCACAAUGGACAACUGGAGGGGGGCCCGCUGAAUAUGUUUUGCACCGGGCCCAGGAGUUUCUAAUUGCAACCCUGAGUAGAAGUCUAUAGGGCAUUCUACCAGAAUAAACAUUAAAAUACAAUUCUUAAAGUAUAGCCACAAUACAUGUUAACAUGGGACUUGUAUGAUAGAAUUGUACACUAACAUGGUCUGUGCAAAGUUAUCCAGUCUUUCAACUCCUGUCAAGACUAUGUAAAGCUGGUAAACCCUGCAAUUUUGGUAUUAUACAUGCAAAAAUACCAAAAAGACACAGUUUAUCUCAAAAAGUAGUCCCACCUCUAAAAGACUAUUUAAGCCAAGAGCACAGUCUUUAGUUUUUAAUCGCUUUGGUGCACACACUACAUGACUGAUCGCAGACUGGGUGCGUCAACUACAAGACCAUUCGUCCACAACUGAAGCUACUGUCCCAAAAUUUGUCCUCACAAACACACACAUACUGUAGAAACGAUAGAGUUUCUUCAUGAUAACAUAUCAAUAAACAACAUGAAAGAAGGGCUUGUGCCUGUUUUAACACUGAUUUGUACAAAACGGAAAAAAUAGGAUAAAGAUCAGAAAAUAUUCAUGUGACAGCAUUUAGGGAGACAAGGGUAGCAGUUUUAUUUUAUUUAUUUGCUUCUUGAUAGAGAGCAACAGUGCCCGUCCAUGUUUUUAGCCAUCUUGGUUCUGGAAUAAUUUUUCCCAUUUAUGUUUUCCACAGGGAUUUCAUAAAAUCCUCCAUAAAAGAGUUGUAAGUCAUGAACCAAACCAACCAGCUACAAGGUGAAUUGCAACAUUACAAACUUCGAUUUGAAGCAAAUACUGUAUGUAUUUGAAAAUCGGACAAAAAGACAAAGGUACAAGACUGUGUACUUAACGUAUUUAAUAAGGGAAUGAACUACAGUCCCAUGAAGAAUUGUGAAUGAUGUAAUCUAAUUAAAAAGGAUGGAAAAGGGGCCUGGGUAGCUCAGAGAGUAAAGGGUGACUUCCACCCCUGGAGUCGCGAGUUCAAAUCCAGAGUGUGCUGAGUGAUUCCAGCCAGGUCUCCUAAGCAACCAAAUUGGCCUGGUUGCUAGGGAGGGUAGAGUCACAUGGGGUAACCUCCAAGAGGUCAUGAUUAAGUGGUUCUCACUCUCAAUGGGGCACGUGGUAAGUUGCGCGUGGAUCACAGAGAGUAGCAUGAGCCUCCACAUGCUGUGAGUCUCCGUGGUGUCAUGCACAGCGAGCCACGUGAUAAGAUGUGCGGACUGACGGUCUCAGAAGCGGAGGCAACUGAGACUUAUCCUCCGCCACCCAGAUUGAGGUGAGUAACCGUGCCACCACGAGGACCUACUAAGUAGUGGGAAUUGGGCAUGCCAAAUUGAGGAGAAAAGGGGAUCAAAUUAAUUUAAAAAAAAUUUUUUUAAAAAAGAAUGGAAAAAUAUGAAACUAUUGAAUUAAAGUUGUUGAGUAAAAGUAUAGAAGCAAAAUAUUUUAAUUUUAUGGAAAAUAUUCAGAUAUAGAAAUAUAUAAGUAGUUGGAGAGUGUAGGGAGACCGAUUUGAUUGUGUCAUUCCCCGUGCGUCAAGAAAGUUGGCCUGCAAGCUCACUUAAGAUCUUGUUUGGUGCACUUUGUUUGCUGCGAUUCUCAGAUUGGAGGAUCUUUCUCUUCAGUAUCAUGGGUAGUGUAGUUCUUCACCAAGAAUUCUGCAAUUAAACAAGAUUUUUUUUAAAUGCAGUUGAAAUAAUGCGGACUGAUGGCUUCAACAGAAGCAUAUACCAAAGUAUCCUCUGAGCUCAUGGUAGGUCUGUCUUUAAAGGUUUAUAUAUCAUCAUUAAAAAUUAAUUUGCUAAUGGAAAUGAAUGAAUGAGAUUUUGACUUUCAGAACCAAAAUAUUGCGCCUUGCUCUCCUCUUGCUCUCUCUUUAUAUUUAAUUUACUGUUGCUCAUUGCCGGUCCCCUGACGACUUGUCUGCCAGGUUUCAAACAAGUUUAAAAUCCUUCGGAGCAUGUUUCAGAAGUGCGCACACUACGUGACAUCGGCAACGGGCACACGCUGCAAUCUGAGACUUCUAGUGGCUGACCAGUUGCUGACUCAAAAGAAAAAGGAGACCAGUAGGCUUGGGAUCGUUGCUUUUUUUACGCAUCGACAAUCGGAAGAUUUUCCCAUUGAUUAUCGAUAUGUAUCGGGAUUUUUUUCAGAUAUAAAUAAGGCUGCUGGUUGCACAAUAUUCUUUGUCUUUUCAAACAUAUUUCUCAACACAACUUUGGUAAAGUGUGAGCGACUGGGUAAAUUAAAGGGGUUAGGACACCGGCUGCAUCUGGCGGAUGACAUGGUGCGUUUUAAAAUUCAAAACAAUUAUGUUUUAUUACAGUACGUGCACAGCCACUGACAGACGACGAGCUACGACUCUGUCUUUUUGCUGUUUGACUGCUUGAAUUAAAAUUAUUCAAUGCUACACACAGAUAUAUUUCAUAAUACAUUUUUUCAUUUCUAAUCAUUCAGUUUGCGCAGUGACACCAGUUUCAUACACUAAUCUGCAAAGUCAUCAACGUCACUUUUAUUUUCGAAGAAGUACAAAAACCUUUGUAAAUUUUAUGUGUAUAGUGAUCCACCACAACCUAGUUUGUACUGCAACUCUGCCUCUCCUACCAGCGACCGGCUUCAGUAAAUUUUAUUAUGACGUUAUAUCUCCCCCUUGUGGUUUCCCAAAGCUAUUACGCAAUUGAAAAGCACACAAAUUAGGCUUCUACUUUAAAUGUCGGCUAAUGUUAAUAUAUCAAUAUCUCAAAAAUAUAUCGAUAAAAUAACGUGCCAAUCAAUAAUCGAUAUAUCGAUAUUUUAUGACAUCCAUAGAGACGAGAUUGAGGUGUGUUGCCUGCAAUAGACUUUACAAGCCAAAUAAAACAUAUUUUUGUACAGAAGUAUUAAUAAGUGCUUUAACAAAAUACAAGCUGCACAUUUCUGCUUUUAAACCCUCAGGAAUGUCUUGCUCCAUAGAAUUCCAUUGUAAGUGCAGUGCUGUAGGCCCAAUUUGUGUUGUUUACAAACUAAAAGACAAGUCAAAAUUAUAUUCGGUGCUAAUUGAGUUUAACUUCAACCCGGAACAUUUCUACAACACGUUAGUGGUGCUUAAAUCGCAUGUCAUCUCAGACAAUUGGUAUUAAACCAGGUAGGGUGGACUAUCUUGCCAUCUCACUAGUGAUUAGUUAAACUUUCGUGCCAAGCACAUUUUAAAUACUAUUUACAUGACAGCAGCAGUGGUUUCUUUUUAACAAUUGCUGGUACAAAAGAUUCAUUAUUCAUAAUUUUAAGCAUGUACAGAAACUGCCAGGAAUUUAAAGGAAUAGUUCACCCAAAAUGAAAAUUCUGCCAUUAUUUACUCACCCUCAUGUCAUUUCUAACCUUUAUUACUUUCUUUCUUCUGUGGAAUACAAAAGAUGUGGUGUAGAAUGUCCUCGUUGUCCAUACAUCGUAGGUGAAUGAGGACUGGGUCUGUCAAGCUCCAAAAAUGAUAAAAAGCACCAAAAAAGCAGUCCAAACGACUCGUGCACCAUAUUCCAAGUCUUUUGAAGCCAUAUGAUAGCUUUAUUUUUUUUUUGUAUUCACUGUUAAUUUUCACCUCUGCUGCAGUUCUUAAAUGCAUAGUCUGACGUCAGUGACAAAGACACUUGAGAUGAUGGUUGAUGUCAUUGACAUCAAACCUGGUUUUGGGGCGAUAACAGAAUUUUCAUUUUUGGUUGAAGAGUGCAGCACAAGACGGUUAUAUUCCAUUUAGUUGCCGUUUUGCGCUAUUUAAUAUGACUCUUUUUCUCCAUAGAUACUGUAGUGAGAUUUUAGGAGCCCUUUAAGUUGGCAUGCAUUUCCAUGUAACUGCAAGUCGAGAUUUUAGAAAUGCUUUCUAUUUAUUGCAGCUGAUAGCAAGAACAAGUUUAAACCAGAGUGAAGUACCUGGUGCUGCAAAAUAACCUGGUGCUAAAGGAGGCGGUAAGCUCCUUACUCAGUCUAGUGUUGACUGACUGGUACUUGAAUUCUAUGCAGACUAUGUAUAGAUCUUAAUGUUACAUGUCUUUAUGGGUUACUAUUUGGAUGAAUAAACAAUAAACAAACAAAAAUCAACUAGGGUUAAUGUACCACUUUUUAGAUUGUAUACCCAAUAGAAAAGCUUAGAAAUGUCUGCUUUUGUAAAUUGUCAAAUGAUUCCUUAUAAAUGCAGUCUUUAGAUGAUUUCAUAUUUUGUUUCUUACAGUAUAAUAUGCUUUCAGUGUAUAAUAGUGGAUACAGAUGUUGCCAACAAUACUGACAUCAGUUUAAAGCAAUGUUCUAGGUUCAAUACAAGUUAAGUUCAUCCGACAGCAUUUUUGGUAUAAUGUUAAUCAACACAAAACUUAGACUCGUCCUUCAUUUAUUAAAAUAAUUAAAAUAAGUAAUGAUAAUUUACGGUUAGAGUAAGGCACUUACAAAGGAAGUAAAUGGGGCCAGUCCAUAAACAUUAAAAUACACAGUUUCAAUGUACAGUGGCAAGAAAAAGUAUGUGAACCCUUUGGAAUGACCUGCAUUUAUGUAUAGAUGUAUCUUAAAACGGGUUUGGCCUUCAUCUAAGUCACAAUAAUGAACAAACACAAUCUGUUUGACCUAAUAACACACAAAUUAUUGUAUUGUUCUUGUACAUAUUGAAUACAUCAUUCAAAAAUUCACAAUGUAGGUUGGAAAAAAGUAUGUGAACCGCUAGGCUAAUGAUGUCAACAAAAGCUAAUUAGAGUCAGGAGUUGGCAAACCUGGCAUCCAAUUAAUGAAAUGAGAUAGGAGGUGUGGGUUAGAGCUACUUUGACUUAUAAAAAGCACUCAAACAAUUUGAGUUUACUAUUCACAAGAAGCAUCUGCUGACGUGGACCAUGCCUCACUUAAAAGAGAUUUCAGAAGACCUACGAUCAAGAAUUAUUACUUUUCAUGAAGCUGGAAAAGGUUUCAAAGUUAUCUCAAUUUGGUACUGUGGCUACUCUCCCUAAAAGUGGCCAUCCAGGCAAGAUGACUCCAAGGGCACACUGCAGAAUGCUCAUUGAGGUAAAAAAGAACCCUAGAGUGACAGCUAAAGACUUGUAGGAAUCACUGGAACUGAUUAACAUCUCUGUUCAUGAGUCUACUAUACAGAAAACAUUAAACAGGCAUGAUGUCCAUGGCAGCACACCACGAAGGAAGCCGCUGCUUUACAACAAAAACAUUGCUGCAUGCCUGAAUUUGCCAAAGACCACCUUGACACUUCACAGCACUACUGGGAAAAGGUUUUGUGUACUGAUGAAACUAAUGUUGAAUUGUUUGGGAAGAACAUGCAGAACUACGAAUGGCGUAAAAAGGGCACCACAUACCAACAUGAAAACACAAUCCCAACGGUGAAGAACGGUGGAGGGAGCAUCAUGAUUUUGGGCUGCUUUGCUGCUUUGGGGCCUGGACUGCUUGCCAUCAUUGAAGGAAACAUUAAUUCCCAAGUUUAUCAAGACACCCUACAGGAUAAUGUCAGGGUGGCUGUGUGCCAGCUGAAGCUCAGUAGAAGUUGGGUGAUGCAGCAGGACAAUUACCCUAAACAUCGAAGUAAAUCCACUAAAGAAUGGCUUCAAAAAAAGAAAAUCCACCUUUUGGAGUGGCCCAGUCAGAGCCCAGACCUUAACCCAAUAGAGAUGCUAUGGAAUGAUCUCAAGAGAGCCGUUCACACCGGAAAUCCUAAUAAUAUGGCUGAGCUGAAGCAGUUCUGUAAGGAAGAAUGGUCCAAAAUUCCUUCUGAACAUUGUGCAGGACUAAUCCGCAGCUACCGGAAACACUUGGUUGAGGUUAUUGCUGCCAAAGGAGGAUCAACAAGUUAUUAAAUCCAAGGGUUCACUUACUUUUUCCACAGUACUGUAAAUGUUUAAUGGGAUGUUUUCAAUAAAGACAUGAAAGAUUAUAAUUGUUUGUGUGUUUUUAGUUUAAGCACAUUGUGUUUGUCUAUACUUGUGACUUGGAUGAAUAUGAGAUCACAUUUUAUGACCAAUUAAUGCAGAAAACCAGCUAAUUCCAAAGGGUUCACAUACUUUUUUUUGCCACUGUAUAGCCACAAGACAUAAACAUUAUACAUGUUAACAUGAUUUAGUGAGAUCAAAUCAGGGAUUUACUAGUGUUGUGGCAUUGACCAGAUUCCAGAUCAAUACAAUGCAGUUAUAUUGGAUAUAACUUUACACAGAUAAGAUUAGUGUCAUUUUAUCACACUAAAAUCAUGUUAACGUAUUGACAUUGUGCAUUUUAAUGUUUUUGGACUGAACAAAUUCACUUCCAUUGUAAGAGCCUUACUGUAACUAUGAUUUUUGCUUUUUGUUAAUAAACGAGGGAUGAGUUGAAAUUCCACAUAUGUUGUUGAUUGAGCUUAACUUGUAUUGAACCCAGAAUAUUCCUCUAAAAAAAAAAAAACUCUGUCACAGGUACAUUAAAUAUUACAUUAGGUAAAUGUUUGCUUAUGGGGAUGUUUUUGGCUUUUUGUAAUAGGCUACAUAAACACAAACCUUAAGUUGUAUAUGUAUAUUGCUGCUUAUUGAGGUGAAAUGUUAACACAGCAUGCAUAUUUUAAUAUUUCACCAGCGUGUUGAUUCGUUCCCUCAGAUCUAUUUGACUCAACUAUUUUCUAAUACAGAACAGAAUAGCUUUGUUGAAAUAAUAAACAAUAUUAUGCUUCUCUGAAUAGGUUAUCAUGAAACAUAUCCAAAGAAACUAAUUUGUUUGUAUUGUUUUAAUUUGCAUGAUCAUCUAUCAGGUUUCAUUUUUAAAUAUCAGAUUCUGGAAAGCUAUAGCCAUCACUCAGGUAAAUAUUUGCAUCUAAUAAUCUGUUUACUUUUCAUUCCUCACUCAUUCAUCGAGGGACCAUGUAAUGUGUUUUAGCAGAAAUCAUUCAGUGUUGUUGUUUUGCUUCAGUGAGUACAUUUAUGGGCCUACGCUGCAUUACUAUGAACUGAUCAACAUCAAAAUGAUUUGCAACAAAUUUUGUGUGUCAAGUUGCACUGAAACAUUGAAUUAAUCUUGUUGUGGAUGUUGUCUUUUAGCUUGCCAUUGUAAUAACAGGUAACACGUUACAAUAAGGUUCCAUUCAUUAACAUUAGUUAAUGCAUUAAUCAUCAUGAACUAACAAUGAACAAUAUAUUUUUACAGCAUUUAUUAAUCUUUGUUAGUGUUAGUUAAUAAAAAUAUAAUUGUUCAUUGUUCGUUCAUAGUGCAUUAACUAAUGUCAACAAAUACAACUUUUGAUUUUAAAAAAAAUGUAUUAGCAUUUGUUGUAACUAACAUUAACCAUGAUUAGUAAAUGCUGUAAAAGUAUUGUUCAAUGUUAGUUUAUUUUAACUAAUGUUAACAAUUGGAGCCUUAUUGUAAAGUGUUAAUAAUAUAUUGUUUGUAGAGUCUUUGUUUAGCCUUAUAAUUCUGUGGUUAGCUGCCUGUCCUGUAGACAUGUAGAAAUGUAUUCUGGUUUACAUAUAAGAGAUUUUUCAUGUAUAAUUGUCAUUUUUACAAUACUUUUCUUUUGGGAAAAUUUGUCAUGUUAAAUAUCCAUAUUGCACUUUUGUAUCACCUUUCUGAUUUGUAUUGGUUUAUUAAAUUGUUUUGUACAGUAUACCGUACAAUGUGAGGAAACUUUUCAAAUUGGAAAUCGCAGGUGAAACAGUAGAAUUACAUCUUUAUUCUCAAGGCUAGCAAGUGAUAUUGCUUAAACUAUUUAAGCCUAAAAUAAUGACGUUUUGUGAAACAGACUAGAAAUCUGAGCAUCUGUAAUGAGCUGCAGCCAACGACAGCAUCUAAAAAACCCUUUUCUCUAAACCAGUUAUCGUCAGGGAAAAGGUGCUCCAUAAAUAAUUACACUUUUCCAUUAAAAGAUAUUGCUUAAAAUGAUUCCAUUACUUUAAAGGUUUUGUUGCCUAAAGAUUGGGCUGUGUUCAAAUAAAAUGUGUUAUUUGAGCAGUGAUGCUGUGAAUGAAUAUAUAUUCCAUGUCAAUAUAGAAGAAUGAAUUUUCAUUUAAUCUAUCCCUGGGCAUUGUCAGUCACUUGUAAAUCCAAUUUAGGAAGCUACAUGCUAUUAUUGGAGACCCAUCUGCAUCCGUGUGCUCUUUUCUCUAACAAAGAACUGAAUGAAUGACAUCAUUCAACUGCAUUCAACAACUUGCUUCCAAGGCCUUGUUGGACUACUUCUGGACUUUCUAUAGAUAUCUGGCAGUACAGAAACCUUUCGAACAUGGCCAUAAUCUGCAAAAAGUACACAAAGUGUAUAUCUUGGAAAGAAUAACAGUGCCUCCCCAUGGUUAGUAAGAACAGUUUGUGCUGUGCAUCCUUUCACCAGCUCAUAUUGAGAUUUACAAUGGUCCCAAAAAGAAUUUGGACACUUAGGCCACACUUAAAAAAUGCCAGAAUGUCAUUGUAUUACAGUAGAUAAUACAUAUCAAACCAGGUGUCAUUAUUUUUAAAGCAAGAUAUCUUGACUUAAAAUAUCCACACACAAAAAAAUCACUUUGACUCCAGUUGGAUAAGGGUGCAAAAAUGGCUCAGGAAAGUAAUGUUAGAAAAGCUUUAAUGUUUCAGAAAAACAUGAACCUUUUCAGAUUUUUUUUUUUUUAUUUUUUUUUAUUUUUAUUUUUUUUUACCUGCUCAUCUGAAAUGCCUGUCUGCUUUCCUCACCCUGAAAAAACAACUGAUCAUUUCUAUGGACGCCUCUAACAUCUUCACUGACUCCACAUGGGACUGGUGUGAUAUAGCUUAUUUCAUGUUUUCUAUGGGUAACAGACCUAUAGACCGAAAUUGCACAUGUUGUCAGCCACUGACUGUGUCUUGUGAGACCAACACACUCUCACGGCGAAAUCGUCAGGAUUCGUACGACUUUUCUAAAUUUGGCUAAUUCGUAUGAUAUCGUGCGACUGCACUCGUUUGAAUUCCUGCUACUUUCACUACAGCCAGUGACGUCUCUGGACAUCAUUUCCAUCUAUUACAUGACAAUUACUUGCUUCUGUCACACACAACAGCUUCCUAUCAUGUUUACACACUCUACUGAUUGGUUAAGUUCAGAUAAGGGGUUUGGGUAAAGGCAUAAUAUUAAUAAGUAUGUCCUUAACGCCUUGUGCACAGAACUCGCGCUUACUACCGCAUUAGAUAUCUGGGAAUUUGCACGUGAUGAAGUCGUAGGAGUUUAUGCGAACAACAUCAUGCGUGACCAUACGAAAUAGACAACUCAUAACAUAUGUACGAAUUUUCAUGAGAUCGGGUUGUG